AUGAACCACGAUCAAGGGAGAGGAUUUAUGUAUCGUAUCAUUAGGCAAGUGGUACACGUGAAGAUCAGUGGCAUGGGUGUUGUGACGAGACAGUUUGAUCACAUUGCUUCCAACCUGGCCAUCCUGGUCUACUCCCAGGUCGCGACUGACUCGCAUUGGCAAUCUUUCCCUCCCACCCCUGCCAAUCAUCUAUACCCAAUCCGCCAUGUCUUCUCAAGAUUGGCGAAAGAAAGUUUGAUGCCUACAAAGUUCAUUUCAAAAGUGCGGGGAUGGCUAGAUAAGAUCUACCAGAUAUAUCGCAAGGUGCCAGUUUUAUGCAGAAGUGGGAGAAUGCUUUUAUUGGAAUGGGAUGCUGAACAAAAGGUUUCUCCUGCCGGCCUCCCCGAUUGUAGUACUACUACUCAUGCAAGACCAAGUCCAGAUUCGGCCACACUAUGGAAGUAUACAAAAUGGCCUGAAAAUUCAUCAAAGAUGAAGCUGGUAGAUUCAGGACAUGGCAGCUUCGAUUCAUGUCUUCACAGAGCCACUCGACUUUAUCCAGCCAGUGCCGCAAAUACCGAGUUAUGUUUUUGA